AUGGGGAAAAAAAGAAAGAACAAACCGAUGCGCCCUUGGUGCUGGUACUGCGAAAAGGAUUUCGAGGAUGACAAAGUAUUGGUGAAUCACCAACGGGCAAAACAUUUCCAAUGCGAAGUAUGCGGCAAACGUCUAACUACGGCAGGUGGAAUGGCAGUUCAUGCGCAGCAAGUUCAUAAAGUCACAAUCGACCAUGUUCCAAACGCUUUACCAGGACGUGAAACACUCGAUAUUGAAAUAUUCGGCAUGGAGGGAAUUCCUCCCGAGGAUUUUGCCGCAUACGAGUUGAAAAAAUCGGGUGGUGGUAAUACUAGCAAGAAGGCCAACACGGGCGGAAGCGGUAAUGGUCAGUAUACUGAGUUGACACCAGAACAAUUCCAGCAGCAGCUCGCUUUGCACAAGGCUGUAACGGGCAGCACUCCUCCUACUGCACCUCCUCCUCCUGGUGUCCCAAGGUCUGUUACAGCAAACCCUCCACAACAACAGCUACCCUAUUCUUUCUUUCCACCACCACAACCACCGUAUCCUUCUUCAACCGUAAGCGCACCUCCACCAUUCCCACUUCCCGCGGGAUCUCCCGGCGCUGCCGCUCCUUUUGGAGGUCCUCCAUAUGGCCAUUUUCACGGCUAUCCUCCUCCACCGCCAGGACUACGCCAGCAAGCGCCAUUACCUCCACACCAGCCAUACACAUUCCGUCCUCCUCCAGGGUAA